GCUAUAAGCAACAUCAUUCGCAAACAUUUUACCAAUAAAUAAAUUAAAUUUUUAUUUCAAAUAGCAUGUCCAAGUGUCAAGGAAAUAAAGUAUCUUAGUGAUUUUUUUUCAAAAAACGUUAAUGCAACGUUUUUAUUUAUUUUUUUUAAUUUUUUUUUUUCUAUUUGGCCAUUCAAGAUAAGAUUGACGGUGUUUAUAUUAUUUCAAUAUGUGGAUUAUUAAAAUUAUUGGAUUAUACAUGGUACUGGGUGUUGGAUGUCAAACAAUCACAGAUGAUACAUUUCAAAAAAAUAGCGAUUCAAAUGAAAGUAGCCGUAUAUUUUCACCACGCAUGGAUUAUGAUGAAUGGACACCACUUGGUCGAGGUGAUCCAUUAAAAAAUGAUCCAACAUUUGACUAUGUACCACCAGUACUUGAACGUGUACAAUAUUGGCUUGGUGAUACACAAUUAUCAAGUACUGAAUCAUCACCAAAAAGAGAUGUACUUGUACUUGGUGUAACAGCAAAAAAAACAAGUCAAAAAAUUCCAGAAAACUUUCUUAAAUUCAUGGAUUCAUCAAAGUACGCCCAGGAGCAAAGCUUAAAUCUUCAUCAUAUUGGAACAUAUAAGAACCGUAAUGAUUUUACUGGUAGUACUGGUGCUGAAUUGCCCAAGGUUAUACGUAAUACUAAAUUUCGAAGUGGACCAACAUCAUUGGAAUAUCGUAUUAUAAAUAAUAAAUAUUUAACAAAUUCACAAUUUAAUGAUAAAACAAAAUCUUAUACAAUGAUGAUACCACCAUCAUUAAAUUCUGCAAUUAAAUUUAAUACAAUACCAAAUUCAAAUUCAUUAUCUAAAAAAUCUGAAUAUCCAAUUAGACAAGAAUAUACAUCACCUUCAUCAACAUCAGUAUCAUUUGAAAAAUCAAAUUUAAUAUAUCAUAAAUCAACACAAGAAUCAUCUGAUUGGUCGGCAUCGUCAAAUAAUAAUUACAAUAAUAAUAAUAAUCCAUCAGUAUCAUUUUCAUGGCCAACUGAAACACCAGAAAAUGAAAGAUUUGAUGAUGAUCAUCAUCAAGUAUCAGCAUCAAUGAAUCAUGAGGUUGUUGUUGUUGGUCAAAAUACACAAAAUGCAAAUAUCAUUGUUGAUAAUUCAGAUGAAAUUAUGAAUACACAAGUUGUUGUUGGUCAAAAUAAUAUUAUUGAGCCUCCAAUUGAAAAUUUUUCAUCGACUGAAAAAUCUACAAUGGAAAUUAUUAUGGCAAAUACAUCAAAUACAAUUGAUGAUAAUAAAAAUGAAACUGUAACUGUUGUUAUGCCAACAAAUUAUCAUUUUGAAACAACAACAAUACCACCACCACCAUCAUCACAACCACCAAGUCAAAUUGUUGAAACAACAAGUUCAAUUCCAUCAGCUACAAUGUUAAUGAUGUCUUCAACAACAAUGACACCACCUAGAAUGCCACCAAUGUGGCUUAAAGAACCACCACCAUCUCUUGUUCCACCUCCAGAAAUACCAAAUAUUAUGUUUUUACGAAGACCAUCAUCAUCAUCAUCGUCAUCAAUUACAUCUAUGCCACACUCAAUGAUGCCUUUUAGAAUGACAAAUCAUCAUCAUCAUCAUCAUCAUCAUAAUUCACCAUUAGGUAAUAUAUUAAAAAAUAAAGAAAUGGUUACAACAAUUCCAACACCAUCAAUAACAAUACCACCAAUAACAACAACACCAGCAUCAAUGAAAAUAACAGAAACAGCAAAAAAAACAACACCAUCAUUAACAACUAGUACAACAAAUGCUGAUGGUUAUACAACAGAUCCAAUAUUUUCACAUUAUAAACAACCAUCAAUGCCACUUAAUGGACCAAUGUAUCUUAUUAUUCAAGGACAUUCAAAAGUUAAAACAUACAAACCAAUGGUUACUAAGUAUGAUAUUAUAACAAGUACAAGUGAAAGACCAAUGACAAAAUAUGAAAAAAUUAUAAAUGAUAAUGAAAGAAAAAUAACAACUGUUAAAACGACAAUUAUCGAUUCAACAACUAAAAAAAUGAAACAUUUUAAUUUGAUGAAUCUUGUGGAAAAAGGAGUAAGUGCUUUUACUGUUCCCGAUGAAUACUAAAUAUAUUUUAUACUUUAUUUUGUUUCGUUUAAUUUAUAUAGGUAUAAAUAAAAUUUAUGGUUGUCUUUUUUAAGGCACCUCAUGUUGAUAUAGAUAUUUUUUUUUUUUGUUAUAAGCCGCUGCUUGUUAAAUUGUAAAAUUUAUAUUUUUUAUUGAAAUAAUUUCAAUUAUAAUAAUAAAAAAUUUUUUUUAUUUUUAUUUUUAUAAAUAAUAUUAAUUAAUAUUUUAUUUUAAAUUAGUUUUUUAAUAGUACUAAAAAUUUUUGAAGCUUUAUUUAGUUCAAUAUAAUAAGUAGAAAUAUUCUAUACUUGUCAGACUGUAUAAAUAGUCAGACAAGUAUUUUAGCUGGAUUAAAAUUUUUUAGAAAUGAUUCAUCUAUAUAAUUUUAUAAAUAGUUAAUUUUUUAUUAUUAUAGUGAAUAUUACAAUCUAAAAAAAAAAAAAUUAACACUAGUCUUAAACCGUUUUUACCAAACUUAUUGAUAAAUUAAUUUAUAAAAUUUAGAAAAGAAAAAAACAAAAAAAUACAAAUAAUA